AUGAACAACUUCGGCGUCAUCGAGAUCGCGAGCGCAAAGACGACCUCGGCUCCCGGAUGGGCCUACGUCCCCGAUACGGGCGCGCUGCCCGGAGCAAACGCCCUGCAGCCGGCGAACCGGAAGAGAGCUCGCAAUGCGCCCGCGGGCGUGACGGCUGGCGAUUUGACGGCGCGCCAGGAGGCCAAGAUUCGGAAGGAGAUUGAGGCGCUGGAGAGGGAUGGCGGGAAGGACAGUCUGAUUCCCAUCCCUGCGAAGAGCGGUAAAGGUAUGUCUGCAGGAAAACACACGCCCAAUGUGCGAAAGAUAUUACAGUCGCAAAAGACGUUCUCGAAUCACCUGGACGACUUUCUGGCAAUGCAGGCGCAGGCCGAAGGCGGUCCAACAGCGGCGAGCAAUAACCGGCCGACCAAUGCCAGCUCGAAACGCCCAGCCGGCAAACGAGACGCCGCUUCAGCUACUCCCACGGUCACAACGAAAGACGAGGAUACGGCAAUGGUUGAUGCGGAUCUGCCUCCUAUCUUGGUAGGCUCAUACAGGCCGCCGCCGGCUGCCCAUCCCGGCGACAACGACCCGCUGCUGGUAUCCCGCGUGCCGCCGGUGCCAUCGGACGCAGAGCUGAGGAAGCUGCUCGCCCACCCGCCGCUUACAUACUACGAGGCCAGGGGCAAGUGGGAAGAUAACUACCCGACGCGGACGUUUUGCGAGGUGUGCGGGUACUGGGGACGUGUGCGGUGCAUGAAGUGCGGGACAAGAGUCUGCGCGCUGGACUGCAUGGAGACGCAUAGGGAGGAAUGUGUUACUCGGUAUGGGUUGUGA